AUGUCUUCACCGCCGGCCGCCGCCGAUCCCCCAAAACUCCACAUCCAGCCCGUCCAAGUGAACACCUCCUCCCCUCGCUUCCCCCCUCCCCCGGCCACCCCCAACUCCAUCUACGCCUCCUCCUCCUCCCCCUCCCUCCGCCGCAUCGCCAUUGCCGUCGACCUCAGCGACGAGAGCGCCUUCGCCGUCCGGUGGGCCGCAGACAACUACAUCCGCCCCGGCGACACCGUGAUCCUCCUCCACGUCCGCUCCACCUCCGUCCUCUACGGCGCCGACUGGGGAUCCUCCACCCCCACCAGCGCCGGCGGCGGCGCCGGAAACCCCUUCACGAAGUCGCCGGCAGGCGGCGGCGGCGCCGCGUCGCCGCCGCCUCCGGCGGAGGAGGUUGACAGGCUCACGGCGAGGAAGGCAGGGAAGCUCGCUCAGCCGCUCGUGGAGGCGCACGUGCCGGUGAAGAUCCACAUUGUGAAGGAUCACGACAUGAAGGAGCGGCUGUGCCUCGAGGUGGAGCGGCUCGGGCUGAGCGCGGUGAUCAUGGGGAGCCGCGGGAUUGGGGCGAAGGCGAGGGGGCAGGGGGACAGGAGGCUUGGGAGUGUGAGUGAUUAUUGUGUGCAGCAUUGCGCGUGCCCCGUCGUGGUUGUGAGGUAUAAGGCACGGGACGGGGACGAGGACGAGGAGAGAGAAGAUGAGGCAUAUGAGUUCCAUGAUGCGAAUGAUCAACUCACCAAGUGAAUUAAGAGUUAUCUCGAUGUUCGAGCUUGGAUUUAUUUGCUUCAAAUGCUAAUUUGGCAUAAUAUUUUCUUGAAGAAUUUUGGAGCUUGAAGAAAUAAUUUUUUUCUUGUUUUUAUACCAUAUACAAUCCGGAAGAUAAAAGCCAUUUCCAUGCUAUCUUAUAAUUUCAUUCUUGUAUACUGUAUUUAUAUGU